AUGUCGGAGGAAACGCUUUGCUUGGACAUUCCGUCGAUAGAGUCCAUCACAACCCUAUCGAUUGGUACAACAACACGAGUCUGGAAUUACGCUUCGCUCGAUGAUAUUAAGUACGUUCACGACAGUACCUGCUUUACAGACGUCCCUCCUCCACCUCCUUCCACUUUCCACGAUAUCAUCAUCCUUAUCGAUGGGUCUGACAGCUUCAAUGAUCAAAAUGGAUUCGCUGAUGCUCAACGUUUGAUUAACUCCGAUCUGAUUCCAAUGCUCCAGAAUAAACUUGGAAGCCGGGCAAGCGUGACCAUUAUUCAGUUCUCCGGCAUCAAAGCUGGAACAAGCUCAUACAAGCCCGGAUCCGGGGGAAAAGACACUAACUCUGACUACAUGCACUACAUUGUCGAGCAAGAUUGCGUUCCUUUGGAAAACGCUGUCCGAGAGGAAAGCGAAUUCGCAGAAGGACUUGAUGGUAAUAGCCAGCUCUUUCUUUGUUUGCAAGAUUUGAACCUCGAAAGCUACCUGGAAGAAUUUUCAAGGAAGAUUGCAUACGAUGAUGGUCCAAGACGACGCUCUAUGUUCAUUAUUUCUGACGGUGAAUCCGACAUUGGAAAUCUUCAGAGCACAACAAGUGACGGAAUCGCUACUGCCGAGGAGAUUGUUGCUAAAACGAACGAGAAUUACACAACCUAUCCUAUCAUCGUCCGACCAAAAGGAUCGACUGCAGAAGACGAAGCUUUCUUCAAAAAUACUCUGGCGUCUAGUCCACGAAACUUUUUCCGCCUCUCUGACAAAUACUUCGAGCGAGAUCUCAAGAGAGCUGCUAAAGCUCAGAAUAGUUGCGAUUCUUUUUGUCUUGCUGAACUAGAGAGCUGUAUUUCUGCCUGUCCACCGGAAGAUGCAAGCUGCCCAUCAAUCUGUGCUAGAGAAAAUGCUUCCUGUGACAUUGAAUGCGCUGCUUCUGAGUUUGCACUUGUAGUCGGAACAGAUGCCUGGGAUGUGAACUUUAAACUUGAUACCAUUCAAGAAAAUGCUUCGUUUGACUUCCGCGACCAUGAAAUUGACAUGGUGUGUACAGUUGAAUAUGAAGGGGAUUUCUAUGUGAUCGGUGGAUUUUACGACGAGUACCGUGUAUCAAAAGCGAAUGGCUGUCAGUUCAAAACUGUCGCGAGACUACCAAUCGAAAUGUAUCAGCAUCGGUGCACUGUGUGGGAGAAUGACAUUUGGAUGUGUGGAAACGCGGACGAUCCUAAAAAGUGCUACCAUUAUGAUUUACAUAAGUUCGAUGAGGGGCCCGAAUCAACAUUGGAUCAUCGUUUCGGAGGGCUUGUUAAUUAUAAUGAUACUCUCUUACGAAUCGCUGGAUACACCAAUCAAGUAGAAAGCCUCUCUUCGCCAGCGGGAGAGUGGGAAGAUUUCGGUGCUCACUUGACUGACUUCAUCAAUGGUUUCACUACAGUCGUCUUUGAAAAUCACAUCUACACGUUUGGCGGAUAUUCGGCUUUGCAGCAAGAUUACAUAACGAAAAUCAACAAGUACUUUCCUGAAACUCAUUCUUGGGGAGCUGCAGGAUUUCUGGCGAACAAAAGGCAUAAUCACGCAUCCGCUGUUGUUGGGAACACAGUUUUUAUUGCUGGCGGUUAUGGUGAUCUUCCAUUUGAAGCUUUUAACCUUCCCGAAGGUGGUGUGACGGAACUCCAGUCGAAGUUAGAGUACAAAAUCUUCACGGAGCUGAUUCCGAAAUCAUUCCUUACCUGCUAA